CAAUUUUUUUUAAAUGAAAAUUGAAUGUGAUAAUUUUUCAAAAUGCCCUUAUCAAGCAGCAAAUCAUCAAAAAAAACCAACUCAAAAGUACAGUUAGUAGACAUAGUAGAAACUCAAGCUUCAAAUAGUUUAAAAAAUAAACUCAACAAACGAAACAUUAUCUCAAAUUUAUUCGGUCGAGGUAAAAGAAAAAGCAAUGACAGUUGUGUAACUGAAGUUCAACCGCCCUCUUUAACUUGUUUAUUUUCCAAUAAUAACGCAUCGGACGCUUCAUCGACCAAUAUUUCUUCAAUCAAAAACGAAAUCGCGUCAAAUAUCGAACACAAAUGUUGUGGUGAUAAAUCGGAAAAAGAUAUUAAACAAAAAUCCAGAAAAGAGAAUAUGUUUGAUAAAAUUAGAAAAUCUUUAACAAACCAAACUGAAAAUAUUCAUGAAUUUUGCCAGAAAUCAAAAGAAAAUCUUAUUAAUUAUGAAAAAUGUUGUGGAAUUAACGAAUGUCCUUCAAUAUGCUUAUCUCAAGAAAUUCCACUUAUUAUGGUAUUAAAAGAAGUCCUGCAAUUUAACAAUCGAUUACAAGAAAGUGAAAAUCGUUUAAUUCAAAUUUUUGGAAAAUAUCUUAAGGAUAAUAAUUUACAGAAACAAUUAGUUGAUAUUGUAUCAAAUCAUGCAAGAUUGCAAAUUCAAAUUGAAAGACGUAAUCAAGCUUUGGCUUCGAUGAUGUGGAAACAGCAAAGCGACCUUUAUAAAAGUCAGGAAAAAGUCUUAACGGAAAAUUUAAAAGAAAUGGUUUGGCAGAAUCGUAAAUUACAAGAAGAAAAUGAGUUGUUAAUGAGGAGAAUGGAUUUUAAUCGGUGCGAUAAAAAUAUAAAUCCUUUUGAAAAUGAUCAAUUACAUCAAACUAAUGAACGGCUAAGAAACAAAUUGAGUAACGUAACUGAACAAUUACACGAAUUGGAAAAUAAUUUAUUGAACGAAAGAAGUCGAUGUGGAACUUUAGAAGAACAAUUUUCGGUUUAUUUUACCGAAUUACAAACAGAAAAAGCUAACAUACAAGCAAUAAAAUUAGAUCAUCAAUUAGAAAUAGCUAACAUAAAACAAGAAUUGGAUUCUAAAGAUGAAAUAAUAAAUGAUGCUAUUAAAUUCGGAGAUGAGCUUUUAAACGAUAUGGAACACAUUAAACAAGAAAUUCCUUCGUUAAAAGAAUUUUAUGUAAAUUCUAAACAUCAAAAGAAUCCUUUAUUGAGAAUAAUAGCCACAUCGAAAUUAUGUUUGGAAAACAUUUUUAAUAAAAUUCUCCAAUUACAAAAAGAAUUAGAGACAAUAUCUUCCGAAAGAGAUUAUUUUAAAAGCGAAUCAUCGAAAUAUCAAAAAACUUUAGAAGCGACGUCACAUGAAAUAGUAAAUCUUAUGAAACAAACGGAUCUUUUAAAUGAAGCGAUCCACGAAAAGGAAAAAUAUUUAACGAAGGUUAACCAACUCGAAAAGGAGCGGAUGGUAUUGGAAGGUGAAUUGAACGGGAAAUGUUUGCAACUCGAAGAAAUAAAGCAGGAAAAGAUAUUUAUGAUCGAAGGAAUGCAUCAAAUUAAAGAUCUCAUGAGCGCAAAAGAAAACGAAUUGAAAAUUAUUAAAGCGGAAAAUGAAACGUUGGCGUUUCAAAAUAAAAGUUUAAGUCAAAUAUUAAUGCAAUCGGGGUCGGGGGAAGUUGCUCGAGAACUUGCAACUUCACAAGAAAAAAUUCAAGUUUUGCAAUCGCAUUAUUGCCAGGUUGUUUCUUAUAAAGAUCAACUAGAAGAAAAAUUAAAGAUGUAUUCAAAUGAAAUUGAAUCAUUAAAAACCAUAAAUAGUGAACUAACUGAAAAAAUUAACACUCAAGCGAAAUCAAUUGAAGAAUUAAACGAAUCCAAACUGAAAUUAAACGAAGAAUUUUUAACUCAACAAGCUACUUUAACGGCUCUUCAAAACGACAGAAGAAGACAUUUAGCAGAAAAAAACUUUUUAAGAAGUAUUUAUGAUAAAAUCGAACAGAACGCUUCAAACACGGAAUGUUUGAAAGGUUCUUUAUGUGAAGUCACUAAAGAAGCCGAUAGAUUAGCUAUUAUAGCUGAAUUUAAUAAACAACUUGGUGAGAGAUAUCAAACUGAAAUUGCAGAAAAAGAUGAAUUAAUUUCCGAAUUAAAAGCGACAAUAAAGCGAUUGAACAAUUUUCAAGAAGAUAACGUUAAAGAAAAAGUUGCUUUGUGCGAAGAACUUACUGAAAUGUGCUCUAUUAAAGAUAAUCUUGCUAAUAAAUUAGAAAUGGAAGUGAAAAAAAGUUUUUUUAUAACAGAAUCGGCCAAAGAAAACGAAUGUAGUGUUAAUGAAGAGUUAAAGGUUUUAAAAGAAAUGCAAAAAAUUGAACGUUCUGCUGUUAAAGAAUUAUUAGAAGAUUUUAAUACUUUAGUAACACAAAGAGAUUGUUUAUUAAAAUUUAAGAUGGACGCUCAAAAUCAAUUAGAACUCCUUCAACAACAAGUUAGUGAUUAUCAGAAGGAAUUUGACAAAAAAGGGAAAGAUUUGAUCGAAAAAGAACAAGCCAUCAUUUGGUUGGAUACACAACUUCGAUCUUCCGACGAAAAAUCCAAGUCGUUAACGAAUACUGUUGAAAACACUUACAAAAAGCAACUUUGCGAUAUGGAACAAUUAGUUGAAGAAAACUCUAAAUUACUUGCAGAUAUAAACAAAUAUAAAUCAUCAAUUGAUUAUUUAAAAAGCAACGUCCAUAAUUUGCAAACAUGUCUUGAUAAUUCUCGUAAACACGAAACUGAAUAUAAGAAGUUGCUUGAAAUUGAAUCCGAAAAGUGUAAAAACUUAUCGGAAGAAUUAAAGGAGUGUACCAAUAAGCACUUGGCAUGCACAGAAGAAUUAGGAACGUUACGUGAACGAUUGGGACAACUUCAGAAGGAUUACAAUAUCCUAUACUCGAAUCAUGAAGAAAUUGUGAGAGAAAUCUCUGAUCAACCAGGAUUAUUAGAAGAUUAUAAAAGUACUAAAAGAUUACUACAAGAAUAUCAUGAUGAAAUCGGUUGUUUUAAAGAAAAAAUUUCUUCUCAAAUAACUACAAUAGAAAAUCUACAAAAAAAUAAUCAAAAAUUAGAAGAGAUAAUUGAAGAAUUAACCAUACAAGAGAAAAACGUAAACAAAAAUUUGAUCGAAAUUAUCUCAGAAAAAGAACUUUUAAACAAUAAAUUACACAUUUCCCUCAACGAAUUCGAAAGACUCAAAAACGAAUUAGCCGAUAAACUCAAAUUGUUAGAGGAAAAAUCAAAAAAUGAACACCAUUUAGAAAACACUCUCUCAGAUGCUCAAAUUCACAUUAAAGAUUUAAUGAAUACUCUUCAACUGGCAGACGAAAAUAACAUUAAACUUAAAAGUAAAUUGGAAAUUACUCAAAGUAUGUAUAGAACUUUGGAGGAUACUCAUAGAAAAUUAGCGGAAAAACUGUUAAAAACCGUGCAUGGUUUAAUGAAUGAAAAAAUGUUAAGGCGAACCGCUGAAACAACUUGCGAUCAAUUAAACAAUACAAUUACAAAAAUUGAGAUGGAGAAAAAUGAUCUUAUUCAAAAAACUAAAUCUCAAAAUGACACCAUUAAGAAUCAAGAAAAAAAGUGUUCCGAUAUGGAAAUUAGUAAAACGGAAUUAGAGGAACAAUUAACUGAAAGUGUUACUAAUUAUCGAGAAAUAUUGAAUCGAUACGACGAAGUAAUUCGAGAUUUUGCUGCAACUGAAAUAAAAUGUAAAGAUUACGAAUUAAAAUUAAGUAAUUAUUUAUCAACGUGUUCUAAAUGCAAAAGUUUAGAAGAAAAAAUGUAUGAUCUUAAGAGCAGUUUAGAUAGCAGCCAUGAAGAUCUUGCAACUCUUCAAAACACAAUAACUACGCUUAAAUUAACCAUAACUUCAUUAGAAUUCCAAAAAUCUGAACAUGAAAUAUAUACUCAUGACCUUGAAAAACGGUUAAAUGUUGAACGUAGCCUUCGAGAAGAAACGCAAGAAUCAAACAGUAAAAUUGUAACGAAAAUGUUACAAUUACAAAAUGAAUCAAAAAUAUCGAAAUCUACAUGCGACAUUUUAUUAUCUAUUGUGCAUUCUUCCUCAUAGUUCUCGACGGUUUUGUAAAAUUGUAAAUUUUAUUUUUGUGCUUAAAUAAAUUUAUGUUGUGGUAUUUCAAA